UGCUCUCCGUGUGUUCCAUUGGCCAACGCUAGGAGCUGUCCGUGGUGCUGAACGCACGGCGGCGGCGCUGCCUGAGGAGGAGGCUCCGAGCACAGAGCGGAGAGGAGCGAGAGGAGCAGCUCUCCAGUCUCCAGCCUUCACUCAGUGCACUCAGUGCAGUCUGUGCUCUGUAGUCGUUGUGGCGGACCGAAAACUAAGAGCCCGUCGUCUCUGUCAGAGAGUACAUUGAGACAGCAGAGCCCGGUCUGAAGUCACGAGAGAGGAGCGCUCAGUGCGUGCAGUGUGUGUGUUUGACGGAGACGGAGCUCAGUGUUUCAGAGGAAAAGUGUUGAUCCCAAGGACGUUCACUGCGAGAAGCUUGAGAAGCGCCAAACGGGGACAGACCGCGAUGGACGGGAUCACACAUUAUUUUGUUCUCCUGCUUGUUGUGGCGGUGCUGACGGAGCCGAGCGCUGAAGCCUCUGCCUCUGAGGAUGGUCUUUCUAUCACCCCAGGGGGCCCUCCAGAGAGUGGAGCCAGCCUGUACUCCACCACCCAGGAUACGGGCAGAAGGCUCCCCGUGGUCACCACCGCCUCACCUGUCAAUGUACCGAACCACCACCCCCUCUACAGCAAUCCCCCCCAACACCGGCCCCUGUUCGGCCCACACAGUCAGCCAAACUACUUUGAAGACAGUGGGGGAUCCAGCCCACACCCCAGCUCUCAGCCCACCUUCUCCACUUCACCAAACGGGACUCCACUGGGUAACGGUGAUAAAAGGGCUUCAGAUGAGAGCACUGAAAGCUCCAAUAUGCAAACAACCCUUGUAAUGCACACAUUAGCUGCCACUUCUCACCCUGACACCCCCGGUCCAGUCAGCAGUGCAGUGUUAAAGGAUCUGGAGCAUGCUGCCAUCAUUCCCUCUGCUGUUCCUGCUGCAAGAGAGGAAGAUGAAGGGAGGCCAGAUCAGCUUGGACCAAAGCAGGAUGUGAGACCCGCAGGUGAUGAAGAGGAGACAACCACCACCACCAUCACCACCACCACCAUCAUCACUACCAUGCAGAGUCCAAUUCCCUGCCAGCUGAACAUGACUGGGCCAGAAGGAUACAUAGAGGCUCCACCACAGUCCAGCUCUGCUUUUCACUCCACUAUGGACUGCAGCUACAUCAUCACUGUCUAUAUGGGCUAUGGAGUGGAGGUCCAGGUGAUGAAUGUGAAUCUAUCUGAGGGGGACAAGGUGGUGUUUGAAGACGUGGGCCAUGGGGAGAACACCAUGCUGGCCAAUGAGUCCAUCCUGAUGAGAGGUCUGGUAGUACGGAGCCACAGCAAUCAGAUCUCCAUCCGCUUCCACAACCAGAGGUCUCAGGUUGGAUCAGUCCUGCUCAGAUACCAAGCUUUCGUAUUGAGCUGUGUCUUCCCCAAGCGGCCUCUCUAUGGUGAUGUAUCGGUGAGCAGUCUCCACUCCGGGGGGGAGGCUUUCUUCUACUGUCUGACUGGCUACCAGCUGGAAGGCCCCAGUGUGCUGACCUGCCGCAAUGCUAGCACCCCCUACUGGAGUGGCAAGGAACCAUACUGCCUAGCUGCCUGUGGCGGUUUGAUUAGUAAUGUGACAGUCGGCCGGAUCGUCUCUCCUGGAUUUCCCAGCAACUACAGCAACAACCUGACCUGCCACUGGCUGCUCGAGGCCCCUGAGGGCCAGAGACUGCACAUCCACUUUGAGAAGGUGGCACUGGCUGAGGAUGAUGAUCGGCUGCUGAUCAAGAAUGGUAACAGCAUAGAUGGAGCUUCCCUGUAUGACUCAUAUGAGGUGGAGUAUCUACCCAAUGAAGGUCUGCUCAGCAAGUCCAGGCAUCUCUUCAUUGAGCUGACUACAGAUGCUACAGGCACAUCCACUGGCAUUGCCAUCAGGUACCAAGCAUUUGCAGCAGGCCACUGCUAUGAACCCUUCGUGAAGUAUGGUAACCUGACCAGUAGUGACAAUACUUGGGCAGUGGGAGCUGUGGUGGAGUUCGCCUGUGACCCCGGGUAUACUCUGGAACAGGGAUCUGUCACCAUUGAAUGCAUGGGACCAAACAAUCCCCAGUGGAAUGAGACCGAGCCCGCCUGCAGAGCUGUGUGUAGUGGUGAGAUCACAGAUUCUGCUGGAGUGGUGCUGUCUCCUAACUGGCCUGAAGCCUACGAUAAAGGUCAGGACUGCAUCUGGGGGAUCCACGUCGAGGAGGACAAGAGAAUCAUGCUGGAUAUUCAAGUGUUGAAUAUCGGGAAGAAUGACCUGCUAACCUUCUAUGAUGGAGAUGACCUUACAGCUAAAGUCCUGGGUCAGUAUGGAGGAUCAAAGAAACGAUUUAAACUCUACACCUCCACUGCAGACGUCACCAUCCAGUUCCAGUCUGACCCGGCCACCAACGUCUACGGCUACGGCAACGGCUUCAUAGUCCACUUCUUUGAAGUAGCUCGUAAUGACACCUGCCCUGAGCUUCCAGAGAUCUCUAAUGGCUGGAAGACUACAUCUCACCAUGAGCUGGUUCAGGGCACUGUAGUGACCUACCAGUGUUACCCAGGUUAUCAGGUGGUUGGCGCCGAGCUGCUCAUGUGCCAAUGGGACUUUACCUGGAGCGGUGACCUACCGAGCUGUGAGAGAGUGGUGUCUUGCGCAGACCCUGGAAAGGUGGAGCACAGCAGGCGGGUGCUGUCAGGUCCACAUUUCACCGUGGGUUCAACAAUCCAGUACAUCUGCAGCAAGGGCUUCAGUCUGUCUGGAAACAGCCUGCUAACCUGCUUCAACCGAGGAUCCUCAGGGCCCAAGUGGAACCAGAAGCUGCCUAGAUGCCUGCCUGAGACGUUUGAGCCCUGCAGUCAUCCUGGAACUCCCACCUACGGGAUCCCCAGCUCCCACAAACUUCACUUCCAGGCUGGAGAGACCCUCCACUACUCCUGCAUGGCAGGCCACCAGCUGCUGGGUGAGCCUGUUCUCCACUGCGUCCCUGGACACCCAUCCCAGUGGAGUGGGCUGCCACCUGUCUGUAAAGCUCACCCAGCAGAGUAUGAUGAGCACAGAUUAGAUGUAUCUACUGCAGACCUGAGAAUGGAGGGGGCACAAGUAGCAUUUGCUGUUUUCAUCCCUGUCAUCCUCCUCCUCACCCUUAUCAUUGGGACCUACCUCUAUUUUUCAAAGGUUCAGAGGAAGCCACUACAACUCUCCCUUUCCACUAACUUACCAUAUGAAAACAUCACUGGAGAGUCUACGUUUGACAACUCCGUUUGUGAGACAACGAACAAUGAGGAAACAAGAGAAUACGAGGUUUCAAUCUGAAGUCCUGGAGCCAGUUUGUGUGUUUCAGUAUGGACAGAUAAGAAGCCUGCUGGCCUUUUCAAGGUCCGUCACACUCACACUUUUGGUGACUCCCUUGACGCCUCCACCCUGUUCUCUGUACACUGAAUAUGAGCCUCCCUUUAUUUACCCAACAGAGGACACCACAACAACCCUGGAAAGGCUGAGCCACCGGAUUAUUUUUCUAGCUCUUCAACAGUAACGGUCCAGCAGCAGCAGUUUGUACAGUUUUUAAUCCUGUGCUUGCAUCCUGAGGACUUUCAGUGCAGGGUCCCAUCUCAGAAACCCGAGGGAGUCAAUGCGAAGCUAGUGCCAUUAAGUACAUAUAACCACAGAUGUUAUGUUGUUUUAUGUACAUUAUACACUAUAUGUCUCCCGCCACCAUUUAAAGAACAAUACUUACGGAUUCAUGGGAUAUCUAUUAAGAGUAAAAUCAAUUGAAUGUCACCGAAAAACAUUUGCUUUUAUUAGAGAAUGCCCAAAAAUAUCUUUGAAUUGACACAACCUUCUGAGAUAAUGAAUCAGAAUAUUGAAGGAAUAUUUGUCUUUCUGAGAGUGAGAUAAAGAGAAAAACUCACACCUCUGAAGCUAACUAAAAACAAGUUGUAUUUUGUUCAUAGUCAAGCAGAAAAAUAUAAAAGUAACUAUUUGUGGUUUUAGUGAAGUAACUGUUUCUGGACAAACAAUGGAAAAGAAAAAGGUAACACAGAGGUGGAACAGGAAGUGUAGCCUUUAACAGGUGUGAAGCAUGUCAGUGAAGAUGAAGAUCAUGAUUCAGGGAUUCCUGCUGUCUUCAUUUGCUUUUAAGAUUUAAGAAUCAAGAAGAACAGAGAUGAAGCAUUGCUUGGUGCAAAACAUCAUCGUGGGGUUGUUCAUUUACACAUUUUCAUAUUCAUAUUUUACAUUCUCUCACUAGCUUGUUAGCAAUGACAGACUCGCUGCAACAAGACAGGACAAAACAGAUGUUGCAUGAUUUUAUUUGAUUUGAUUGCUUUAAUGGGUCUUCACUUUCAAAAGUCUUGGUUUUGUUUAAACCAUGGACAGAGCCAGGCUAGCUGAUUCCCCUCGCUUACACUGUUCAUGCUAAGCUAGGCUAACCACUUUCUGUCUCCAGCUAUACACACAACAAUCAUCACGUCAGUUUCCCAGUUUUAUUUUCAGAAAGACAGCAAAAAUAGUUUCCAGAAUGUUGAACCAUUUAUUUAAAAAGUAGUGUAUCAUUAUAAAACAUAUCAAUAUAUAUUUCCCUAUCAACAACAUCCAACGUUAAAGUUUUCAUUUACAUUUUAAAAUAACAACGCUGGUUUCAUAUGUUUCAAUGUAACAUGCAGAAUUAAAAGACAUUCUGAUUUCUACCUGGUUUAUCAGCACUACAAACAGAGCUGAAACAUUUUUAGUGACACCCCAUGCAUUAUUCUUUUUUCUGA